AUGUCCGACAUCCCCAAAGUUCCAUCCCCAUGGGUGCUCAAAGCCACUGCCUAUGCUUUUGGCUUCUGGGUACCUAGAAAGGAAGUUCGCGAGAAAGGAUUGCCUAGCAUUGCCUACUCACCACUCGAAGGUUCAUCGUCGUAUGCGAACCUCGACAACAGUAGACCGCUGGGCGGUCUGGCUAUGGUCGAACUCUUUCGGUAUACCGAGUCGCCGGUUGGACCAUACGACGAGAUCAUCUUGACGCCUGGUUUCCACGAGUAUACGGUCGAUGGCAAGGAUGGAAAGCCUGAGAAGAGGAAGAACACUCGGGUGACGAGGAUCUACGUCAGCCAGAAGCACACAUGCUGGAACGGAAGGAAGAAUUGGAACAUUCCCAAGCACCUGGCGCAAUUUGAAUGGACCACCAACGCCGACGGCUCCGAAACGGUCCGCGUCUUUCCCAACGACACGAGUGGCGACGCCAGCGAAGCCACCGUCAGCACGAUCCCUUUCUUUCAGGCGACCAUCAAGCCGGUGCCGUACGUCCCCGCGUUUCCGGUCUCGACGACGCCGCUCAAGUAUCUCGGUCUCGACAUCACCAUCGUCGCCCCGCCUCUUCCCGAGGGCCAGGGAAGCCAGGGCGAACUCCCCGGCACGGACAAGUGGUGCGCCAUCCUGCCAGGGAUAUCAUCUCCGAGAACCAUGCUGGCGUGGUUUGACAUCAAGCAGCCAGACCAUGGGUUGACGGCAGAGGAGGCCAAGAGCAGAGGAAUGAGCACUGAGGAAAACUUCUGGCCAGGUCUUGGGAGAUGGCAAUUCGGAGUCAAGAUGGAGAACACGACUGUGGAUUUCCCCGAUGCCAAGUAUUGGGAUCCGCCAAAGUCGCAUUUGUAA